CUCUGUAGGUAAAGUGGGUGUCGAUGCGGAAGUCGACCUUCUGCUUCACUAGGCCUAACACCCCCAUGUUAGCGAGUGUGCACAGCUUCAUUCGGAAAUGGCGGUGUAAGCGGAUAUGUGUAGUCUACAGCACGCUAGUCCUGUUGGCCUUGACCCUCGCCGUGACAGCUGUGGCCUUGUACACACCUGCCCGGAACGUGUUCCUGGCCAGCGUGCUGCCCGGGCCGUGGCAGGACGUGGACACGCUGACCCUGGUUUACAUCCACCGCCAGUCCACCGACAUAGACGUGGGGGAGUGUCCACGGCAGUGUGAGUCCUACUACACACCCAAGGCAAGGAGAAGCGAUGUGGCGAAACGAGGCGUUAACUUCUACGACGAUUUGUCCAACGAUCCACGUUUGUACGCAGACGAGAUUUGGAAGUUUUUGCCGCUGUUGAGUCGAGACGAGAAGACAGACUUGCUGUACACGCUGGACGUCAUGGUGGAGGCCUUGGACAGUGCUGGAUUGGAGUAUUUCCUGGUGGAUGGGACAUUGUUGGGGCUUGUUAGACACAAAGGAAUCAUUCCUUGGGAUGACGACAUCGAUGUGGCCUUGGACGUGAAACUCUGGCAGAAGGUCAUGAAAAGAUUGUGCUGCGUGGAAGGCUUCAGGCUGCUUCCUAAAAAUUUCAUGCACUGGAAAUUUUUCUCAUCGAACGGCUCAAUCAUCAGAAACAGCCCCGAGCACAGAUUCCCCUUCAUAGAUCUGUUCUUCUACAUGGAGGAUGACACCUACAUCUGGUCCCUCACAAAGUACAACAUCCAAAACCUUUUAGCCGAGAAAACGCAUGUAUUUCCCCUGACCAAGGCAAUGCUGGAUGGAAAGAGUUACGCGGUGCCCAAAGACUUCGAAUAUUUAGUUCAACAGCAGUUCAAAGACAUGGAAAAAUGUGUUUCACCGUCCAUUUUCCAUAGGUUUAAUCACGCUAUUCAUGGGGAUCACAUUACAUCUCUGCCAUGUAAAUCUUUGAACCACAUCUAUAAAUUCUAUGCAUAAACUAUCAUUGAAUGAUCUUAUCAAUAGCCAUGCCCACAUUUUCAAUAGCUUACUAACAUAGCUCUCCUUCAUCCUGAAGGUUAAGCUAAGUAACACUUCUCACCUUAAUCCUGAAGGUUAAGCUAAGUAACACUUCUCACCUUAAUCCUGAAGGUUAACCUAAGUAACACUUCUCACCUUAAUCCUUCAGGUUAAGCUAAGUAACACAUCUCACCUUAAUCCUGAAGGUUACGAUAAGUGUUUACAUUUUGAGCUGAAAAGUUAUGAGCAAGCUUAGGUAACUAUGUCAUUACGACUUGUUUCAAAGCACCUAGAAAAUACAGGGUACAUUUGUGCUUUGGCUACCCUAUCAGAAGAAUACUCCUUGGUGAUGUCUUUGAAUUUACUUGAGACCCUAGGACUGA